AACCUUGCAGAUUAUGAGUGCUCUCUGAUCCUGAAAUUGUACUCAGUACAGGGAAGGGGCUUGGUGCUGCAUAGGUGCUGUUCUGAGUCCUUGAGAAGACCACGUAGACCUGACUGUUCUCUGUGUGAAGUGCUCAGCUGUUCAGGGUUGCCUGUGCAGGAGCUACAGUGUAGGAACCAUGCUGGCUGAUAGUCCCUUGCAGUAGAUCUAUGGAGUUUAUUGACUCGGUGCCUGAUGACCUCUCCAUAGAAGAAAGAGAAGAACUUCUAAAUAUUCGUCGCAGGAAAAAAGAACUGAUUGAUGAUAUUGAGAGAUUAAAAUUUGAAAUAGCUGAAGUUAUGACAGAAAUUGAUAAUCUGACUAGUGUGGAAGAAAGCAAAACUACACAGAGAAAUAAACAAAUAGCCAUGGGAAGGAAGAAAUUCAACAUGGACCCUAAGAAGGGAAUACAGUUUCUGAUAGAAAACGACCUCUUGCAGAACACUGCAGAAGACAUUGCACAGUUCCUUUACAAAGGAGAAGGAUUAAAUAAAACGGUAAUCGGCGAUUACCUCGGUGAAAGAGAUGAAUUUAAUAUUAAAGUUCUUCAGGCUUUUGUUGAACUCCAUGAGUUUGCUGAUCUCAAUCUUGUACAAGCCUUACGGCAGUUUCUGUGGAGCUUCAGACUCCCAGGAGAGGCUCAGAAAAUUGAUCGUAUGAUGGAAGCUUUUGCUUCACGCUAUUGCCUUUGUAACCCAGGAGUUUUUCAGUCUACAGAUACGUGCUAUGUGCUGUCGUUUGCGAUCAUCAUGUUAAAUACCAGUCUGCACAACCACAAUGUCAGAGAUAAACCAACAGUGGAGAGGUUUAUUUCUAUGAACCGUGGAAUUAAUGAAGGUGGAGACCUUCCAGAGGAACUACUGCGGAAUUUAUAUGAAAGUAUUAAGAAUGAGCCAUUUAAAAUUCCAGAGGAUGAUGGAAAUGAUCUAACGCAUACAUUUUUUAAUCCAGAUAGAGAAGGUUGGCUGCUGAAAUUAGUAUCAUCAGAGGUAUUCUGUCCACAAAGGCUGGCAUGAGUGUCUAGCUCAUGUGCAGGUGUCUUCUGCAAAGGAAGGUGUUUGAACAUAAAGCAGAAAAAUAGAGACGACUUUUUCUGCAUUCACUGAAGAAUAUAACUAGAAGAACAAGUUUGACCGAGAGAAAAACAUUUUGUACUCUUACAAAGAAGAUCCAGAGCGAUU